AUGGCUCCUGCAGCAGAACCAGCAAUAGGGCAGAGUCACUCAUAUCGCAGUGGUGAUCCACAGCUCGCCGUUGUGGACGAGGAAGCAGAGCAGCCUCCCAAGUUCGACGACCCAUACCAGGAACGCCGAUACUUGAAACACCGCCUUACUCUUGCCUUUCGAAUCUUCGCGAAGUUUGACCUUUCAGAGGGAGUUGCCGGCCACAUUACAGUUAGAGAUCCGGUGGAUCCAACUAGUUUCUGGGUCAAUCCGUUUGGAAUGCACUUUUCUUUGAUUGAAGAUGCCGAUCUUAUCCGUGUCGACCACUCUGGCAAUGUAGUUGAGGGAGGGAACAACAAACGACUCAAUUACGCCGCUUACGCCAUCCAUGCGGAGACCCACAAAGCUCGACCCGACGUCUUAUGUGCUGCACACUCACAUAGCCUUUAUGGAAGAGCUAUGUGUACGACAGGAAAGACCCUGGACAUGCUAACGCAAGAUUUCUGUGUAUUUUGGAACGACCAUGUGCUGUACUCCAACUUCGCUGGUCUCGUCCUGGCUACAGCGGAGGGAAAGGCGAUUGCUGCAGCCCUGGGGAAUAAAAAGGCGGCAUUGUUAGGCAAUCAUGGACUGAUGACCGUGGGCCCGAGCAUUGAGGCUACAGUUGCCUGGUUUGUGUUACUAGAAAAGUGCUGCCAAAUCCAGCUUGCGGCAGAUGCAAGCGCCGCAGGCACUGGCAGGUCGCUGGUGACAAUCGGGGAAGAUGAGGCACAGGCCACGUGGGAAGCAGUUGGUACUAUAGGCAAUGGCUAUUUUCAAGGGUUGCCAUUAUUCCAGGUUGCUGAACGAGAGUUUGGGGAGAGGACUUUGCUGGGUAGGGGAAUUGUGCCGUGGAACGCGGCCUGA